UUUAUCUAGUUAAUCCCACCAUUUGUUUCUCUCCAAACUCAACUCUAUUUUUCUCUCAGAAGUCUGAACCAUCGGUCAAUGAUGGCGACUCUAACGGUUCCUCCAUCACUGGUUUCACCCCGAGAGGACGCAAUUCAGUUACAUAAAGCUUUCAAAGGAUAUGGGUGUGAUAAUGCUGCUGUGAUUGGUAUUCUUGCUCAUCGAGACGCAACACAACGGGCGUAUAUCGAACAAGAGUACCGGACAAUGUAUUCUGAGGACAUUAAUAAACGUUUGGCUUCUGAACUUAGUGGCAAGUUAGAGACUGCAGUUUUGCUUUGGAUGCAUGAUCCAGCAAAAAGGGAUGCAACUAUACUAAGGGGAGCACUGUACACAGGUGUUAUAAAUCUUGGAGCCGUAACCGAAGUCAUAUGCUCCCGAACUUCCUCGCAACUACAAACUCUCAAGCAAAUUUACCACGCGACUUUUGGAACUUAUCUUGAAAAUGACAUCGAAAUACAAGCUACUGGGGAUCACCAAAAGAUUUUACUUGCUUGUUUAAGCAAACCGCGUUAUGAAGGCAUGGAAGUCGAUAGAGAAAUGGCUGCAAAGGAUGCAAAGGCUUUGUAUAAAGCUGGUGAAAAGAAAUUAGGAACUGAUGAAAAGGUUUUUGUGCAAAUUUUUAGUGAAAGAAGUAGAGCACAUUUGAUUGCUAUAAACACAUGCUACCAUGACAUGUAUGGUGGAUCACUCAAAAAGGCUAUAAAGAAGGAAACUUCGGGCUUAUUUGAGUGCGCACUUUUGACAAUUUUACAGUGUGCUGAAAACCCCGCAAAGUAUUUUGCAAAGGUGCUAUAUAAGUCAAUGCAAGGCUUAGGGACCAAUGACACGACACUUAUAAGGGUGAUUACGACAAGAACUGAAAUCGAUAUGCAAUACAUAAAGGUUGAAUACCAUAAGAAAUACAAUAAGAGUUUGAAUGAUGUGGUUCACUCUGAAACGUCAGGCCAUUAUCGGACUUUUCUUCUCUCACUUCUUGGCCCAAACCAUUAAGUUGACGAUCCGUUGUAUUUUUCUUGAAUUUUGCUUCUGAUUUGUGUUUGUUUGAAUAUUUGCAGACGGAGUUAUACUCGUUUACUUUCUAAGUCAUGUAUAUGUAACGUAUAACGAAAGCAUCAUUAAAUGAGAAAAUAAUAUCAAGCGAAUAUUACCACC